AUGCUCAGCUCGUUGACAAGUUCCCAUAUCAAUAAGUCGCAGACGAUCCAAUCUAGGAAUUCCAAUAAUUUACCACCAAUAGUUUUUCGGAAUUUCUUAUCAGAAAGCAUCAUUCAUGUGUCCACGACAGACGACAAACGAAUACGAACGGAAAUCGAUUCCGUGGAUGAAACUGUAUCAUUCUAUUGCUUCGAUAAAUUAUAUUUAUCCCUCUCGGUUUAAAUGGCACUAUGUCCCCCACUCAGAAGUGGCAAUAUAACAUGGACACACUCUUCCAUCCGAAGAUAAGAUGAACGAUGAAAAAUCACGGGAAAGUAGAAGGAUUGAACGAAAAGAACGCCAGAAGAGAUCCAGUGUCGUUGGAUUUUAUACUUAGCCGGCUCACGACGUGCAAUGUACCAUUCGAUAGAAAGGCCUUCCUUAAGAACUUUCCUAUCCACUGAUAUUUUCCUUAGAUCACUGGCAUAGUUUGUUGCCUAACAAACCACGUUUCUCAUAUGACAAACUUUGAAAUAUUGCAUGUCUAUUUUAUGCUGUAUGUUGGCGUGCGGAUGUCGAAUGAAAUGGCUGAUGUGAUUAGAUCAGAAUCAGUUUCACCUUGAUUUUCUUCAGUAAGAAAAUAGAGAAAAACUUACUUAUUGAAAAACAC